AUGGGCAUCCAUGCUGUUAGCGUCAUGCUAGAGGCUCUCAAUAGAGAUGCCCAACAUGCUACUAUCGCCAAGUUCAUUCAAAAUGAACUUGACGCAGAACGCGAGAAAGUAGCCUUGCUUCACCAACAAGGUUCUCAACAAGCAGAGUUGUUGAGAGAACAAGGUGCUCAACAGUUUGAACUGUUGAGACAGCAGCAGGCUGCUGCUGGCGGGUCGAUGCACUCGCGUCGGCCCGAGACUUUGAAGAUUGACAUCUCAAAGUAUAGAGGGGUCGAAGAAGACUCCCUCUUGAGAUGGUUCGUCGAGGUGGAUGACGCCAUAAGGGCGCGUCGCAUCGACGACGGGGAUAUGCAAGUUGCAUUUGCCCAGUCAAAUCUGGCAGGACGUGCCAAGACUUGGGCACUGGGGCUCAAGCUGCACGACCCAUAUGCGUUUGGGUCGUUGGAAGUCUUCAAGUCGCGGCUCAGACAAACGUUUGAACCGCCUAGAGCUGAGUUCAGAGCUCGAACCGAACUCUUGAAGCUCAAGCAGGGUAAGCGUGAUGUGCACGCUUACGCUCAACAUAUACGACAUCUCACGAGUUGUAUAAGUUCCAAUCCGGUGGAUGAACACACGUUGGUUUCGGUGUUCAUGCAGGGUCUUGCGGAUGGUCCCGUCAAGACUCACCUGUUCCGGCUUGAACUAGAUUCACUAGAACAAGCCAUUUCAAUUGCGGAGCAGGAAGACUUCAGUCUGAGACAGGCUCGCGCCAGCUCGACAUCAUAUCGUCAACCGAGACGAUAUGACAACGGAGGUCCAGAGCCGAUGGAACUCUGUUAUGUAGAGAGCGAGAAGGCUCGCUCUACAGGCUACAAGAAGUUGCAGAGAUGCAACAGAUGUCAAAAGACAGGACACUACGCUUACGAGUGUAGUGCCCCUCGUCCAGUGUCUCGCGACACUGGGCGUAGUGACCGUCCACCCAUGAGAAAGGGGCAGGGACGAGGGUCCGCAGUUGGUGCAAAGACGCAACAACAGGAUGGACCGUCAAAAAACGGACAGGAUCAGUAG